AUGGCGGAUUCUCCUGCUGUGGGUAUCGACCUCGGCACCACCUACUCCUGUGUAGGUGUGUGGAAGAACGAUGCUGUGGAGAUUAUUGCGAAUGACCAGGGAAACCGCACUACACCGUCUUACGUUGCUUUUACUGACACGGAGCGACUGGUCGGUGAUGCGGCGAAAAACCAGGUUGCACGCAACCCGGAGAACACAAUUUUCGAUGCGAAACGUCUCAUCGGUCGCAAGUUUGACGACCCCUCGGUCCAGUCGGACAUGAAGCAUUGGCCAUUCAAGGUCUUGGCUGGUCCCGGAGAUAAGCCACUUAUUGAAGUCACCUACCAGGGAGAGAAGAAGACUUUCCAUCCCGAAGAGGUUUCAGCCAUGGUGCUGGGCAAGAUGAAGGAGAUCGCUGAAGCGUACCUCGGCAAGGAAGUCAAGGAGGCAGUUAUCACCGUUCCUGCGUACUUCAACGAUUCUCAGCGUCAGGCCACGAAGGAUGCUGGCACAAUUGCAGGCCUGAGCGUCCUCCGUAUCAUCAACGAACCGACUGCGGCUGCCAUUGCCUACGGUUUGGACAAGAAGGGUUGCGGGGAGAUGAACGUUCUCAUCUUCGAUAUGGGAGGAGGCACUUUCGAUGUGUCGCUGCUGACCAUUGAGGACGGUAUCUUUGAGGUUAAGGCGACUGCGGGAGACACUCACCUUGGUGGUGAAGAUUUCGACAACCGUUUGGUCGACUUCUGCGUCCAAGACUUCAAGCGCAAGAACCGCGGCAAGGACAUCAGCACCAACAGCCGCGCCCUGCGUCGUCUCCGCACCCAGUGCGAGCGUGCGAAGAGAACACUCUCCAGCAGCACCCAGGCCACCAUCGAGAUCGAUUCUCUUUUCGAAGGUAUUGACUACUCGGUGUCGAUCUCUCGUGCGCGCUUUGAGGAGCUCUGCAUGGACUAUUUCCGCAACUCGCUGCUUCCCGUCGAAAAGGUCCUUAAGGAUUCUGGCAUUGACAAGCGCUCCGUCAGUGAGGUUGUGCUGGUCGGUGGCUCCACCCGUAUCCCUAAGAUCCAGCAACUGAUCACGGACUUCUUCAAUGGCAAGGAGCCUUGCAGGUCCAUCAACCCCGAUGAGGCCGUUGCCUAUGGUGCCGCUGUCCAGGCAGCGAUCUUGAAGGGCGUUACAAGCUCUCAGGUGCAGGAUUUGCUUCUCCUGGAUGUUGCCCCUCUGUCUCUUGGUUUGGAGACUGCUGGUGGCGUCAUGACAAAGCUGAUUGAGAGGAACACCACUAUCCCCACGAAGAAGUCCCAGACCUUUACCACCUACGCAGACAACCAGCCAGGAGUGUUGAUUCAGGUGUACGAGGGUGAGCGCGCGAUGACCAAGGACAACAACCUCCUCGGCAAAUUCCACUUGGAUGGAAUCCCCCCCGCUCCUCGUGGCGUGCCUCAGAUCGAAGUCACCUUCGAUAUUGACGCUAACGGUAUCAUGAACGUUACUGCUCAGGACAAGUCCACGGGAAAGAGCAACCAGAUCACGAUUACCAAUGACAAGGGCCGCCUGAGCCAGAGUGAAAUCGACCGUAUGGUCCAGGAGGCAGAGAAGUACAAGGCGGAGGACGAGCAGAACAAGUUCCGUGUCGAGGCCAAGAACGGACUUGAAAAUUACUGCUACCACAUGCGCCAGACUCUGGACGAUGAGAAGAUCAAGGACAAGAUCCCGGCUGAGGACAGAGAGUCUGCAAACAAGGCCAUCCAGGAAGCUCUUGACUGGCUUGACAAGAACCAACUUGCAGAGAAGGAAGAGUUCGAGGCGAAGCAGAAGGAAGUCGAGGCCGUCUGCACGCCGAUCAUCACAAAGAUGUACCAGGCAGGCGCAGCCGCAGGCGGUAUGCCAGGCGGAAUGCCGGGAGGCAUGGGCGGUAUGCCAGGCGGAAUGCCGGGAGGCAUGGGCGGUAUGCCAGGCGGGAUGCCUGGAGCUGGCAUGGGAGGCUCUGGAGGCCCGACUGUCGAGGAAGUUGAUUAA